GCUGCAUUUUCUCCGAAACUCACUCUCUUCUUACUCAGGAUUUGAAAUUCUUGCGUUUUCAACAUAAGAGUCACUUGCUCUGGGGUUUUCUUUAAGUAACCAAAAUGGGUUCGAGAUACCCAUCUCAUCAGCUCAGCAAUGGGUUAUUUGUGUCUGGUCGGCCUGAGCAACCCAAAGAAAGGCCUCCAACCAUGAGCGCAGUAGCCAUGCCUUACACGGGUGGCGACAUCAAGAGAUCAGGAGAAUUGGGGAAGAUGUUUGAUAUUCCAGCAGAUGGUACUAAGUCCAGGAAGUCUGGUCCCAUUCCUGGUGCUCCGUCAAGGUCUGGCUCAUUUGCAGGAACUUCACAAUCUGGUCCAGGUGCUCCUAUGGCCACUGGCCGUAUGUCUGGCUCUUUAGCGUCUGCUGGCUCUGUUUCAAUGAAGAAAACUAAUUCCGGACCUUUAUCUAAGCAUGGAGAGCCUUUAAAGAAAUCAUCUGGCCCUCAAUCUGGUGGUGUAACUCGGCAGAAUUCCGGUUCUAUUCCUAUUCUUCCAGCUACAGGUCUCAUAACCUCUGGGCCUAUUACAUCAGGCCCUCUGAAUUCAUCUGGGGCUCCCAGGAAGGUUUCUGGUCCACUAGACUCUUCUGGGUUGAUGAAGUCACAUAUCCCUUCUGUUGUCCACAACCAGGCCGUAACUACCCUUGGUCCAGAAGAUGACUUUUCCUGCCUGAAGAGCUUCCCAAAGCCUGUGCUCUGGUUGGUUGUUCUUAUUUUCAUUAUGGGGUUCCUUGCUGGAGGCUUCAUUCUUGGUGCAGUUCACAACCCAAUUCUCCUCGUUGUUGUCGCGAUCUUGUUUACAGUUGUUGCUGCGCUUUUCAUAUGGAAUAUUUGUUGGGGGAGACGUGGUAUCACAGAUUUCAUUGCUCGUUAUCCUGAUGCUGAUCUUAGAACUGCCAAAAAUGGUCAAUACGUGAAGGUCACUGGGGUGGUUACUUGUGGUAAUGUACCGCUUGAGUCAUCCUUCCAAAGAGUUCCUAGAUGUGUGUACACAUCGACAUGUCUAUAUGAGUAUCGUGGAUGGGGUUCGAAACCAGCCAAUUCUUCCCAUCGUCACUUCACAUGGGGACUGAGAUCAUCAGAGAGACAUGUGGUGGACUUUUACAUCUCUGAUUUCCAGUCUGGGCUCAGAGCCUUAGUCAAAACGGGAAGCGGUGCAAAGGUAACACCUCUUGUAGAUGAUUCUGUUGUCAUCGAUUUUAAGCAAGGAAGCGAGCAAGUGUCUCCCGAUUUUGUUAGAUGGUUAAGCAAGAAGAAUCUAACAAGCGAUGAUCGAAUAAUGCGGCUCAAAGAAGGGUAUAUAAAAGAAGGAAGCACAGUGAGUGUGAUUGGAGUGGUGCAGAGAAACGAUAAUGUGUUGAUGAUAGUUCCAUCAUCUGAGCCACUAGCAGCUGGUUGGCAAUGGAGGAGAUGCACAUUCCCUACAAGUCUUGAAGGAAUCGUAUUGAGAUGUGAAGACUCAUCCAAUGUUGAUGCCAUACCGGUUUGAGUCAUCAUCAUCAUCACCAACAUCCUAGUUUGGGUUCAUUAAAUAUUUUUCAUGAAU